GCAGAAGUGCAUUUUUUGCAGUAUCGUACAUUCAAUGGAAGUGCAUUCACUUGUCAUUGAAUGACAGAUAAGCGUUUCCUCAAGAUUGAUAUUUUUUGUGCUGUUUCGGAUUAAUUUUUACCAUUUUCCUUUUAAGACUUCGGAGUAAUUGUAAGGCGGCAACUUCCUGGUGUUUUCUAGUGACUUGAAGUGAUAUUUCAGUUAAGACCGGUUUGAAGGGAAUUUAAAGGAAAUAUUGUUUGCUACUACCUGCGGAGAGCUUGGGCAAACAGAAUGACUUCAGCUGAAGAUCUGAUCCUGUGAUAAUGGUCCUGUAAAAGUUGAUAUCAAGAAAGAACUUCUAUAUCACAAUAUUCUACCAGCAACAUGGCACUGCACAAGGGAGCGCUGGCGAUAUUUGAGAACAAUGUCGGAGUCAGCGACUGCGUUCUUCUCGAUCCCGUUACAGAGGAUGCUUUCAUAGAAAACAUCAAGGCUCGCUUUAAACAUGACCAGAUAUAUACCUACAUCGGGACAGUGGUUGUGUCUGUGAACCCGUACAGGAAGUUGCCUCUCUACACCACAGAUAUCAUGGAGGAGUAUCGCAUGAGGAAUAUCUAUGAGAUGCCUCCCCACAUAUAUGCAAUAUCAGAUAUGGCGUACAGAUCAAUGCGAGAUCGUGACUUGGACCAGUGCAUUAUCAUAUCUGGGGAGAGUGGGUCUGGAAAAACAGAGGCCAGCAAGGUGAUAAUGCAGUAUGUGGCCCAGGUCUCUGGGAAGGGACGGGAAAUAGACCGCGUCAAGGAGCAGCUGUUACAAUCUAACCCCGUUCUUGAGGCUUUCGGAAAUGCCAAGACAUUGCGAAAUGACAAUUCCUCUAGAUUUGGCAAAUACAUGGACAUAGAGUUUGACUUCAAGGGAGAUCCAAUUGGAGGUGUCAUAACCAACUAUUUACUGGAAAAGUCUCGAGUGGCUACCCAGGCAAAAGGGGAGAGAAAUUUUCACAUCUUCUACCAGCUUCUAGCUGGAGCAGACAACAGUUUACUAGACUCGCUAAAGCUCACAGGAAAGGUGGAAGACUAUGGCUUCCUCAACAAGAGUGGCUGUAUCAAGGUGCCUACGCUCGAUGAUGCAGAGAAUUUCAACAGUGUGAAGACUGGGAUGGAGGUGAUAGGAUUUCUCCCUUCUGAGAUCACCGAUGUUCUACAACUGGUAGCGAGCGUUCUGAAGCUGGGAAACGUGAGUUUUACACCCAGGAGCAACCAGGACGGGACAGAUGGAUGUGAUAUUGCCAAUACUGCAGUGGUAAAAGAGGUGUCAGAACUUGUUCGUUGCAUUGAGACAAACCUGACGUCGGCCUUGACCCAGCGAACUGUUGAGGUCAAACGGGAAAAGGUCAAAACUGACUUCAGUGUGUCAGGGGCUAAUUACGCACGGGAUGCACUCUGCAAAGCCAUCUACAGUCGCCUGUUUACAUGGCUCGUACAGAGGAUAAACGACAGUAUCAAGGUCAAGGGUGACCUCGCUGUGAAGGCCAAGGUCAUGGGCGUACUUGACAUCUAUGGAUUUGAAGUAUUUCAGACGAAUGCAUUUGAGCAGUUCAUCAUCAACUACUGUAAUGAGAAGCUACAGCAGAUCUUCAUAGAGCUCACACUGAAGGAGGAACAGGAAGAGUAUAUAAGAGAGGGGAUAGAGUGGAUCCAUGUGGAUUACUUCAACAAUGCUGUCAUCUGUGACCUCAUUGAAAAGAGUGAAACAUCAGUUGCUCGGAGAAACACCGUGGGUAUACUAGCGCUGCUGGAUGAGCACUGUUUGAUGCCCGGCAACAUCACUGACAUGACGUUCCUCGAGAAACUGAACCUGUCGUGCAAGGACCAUCCACAUUACGAGAGCCGGAAACUACGUAAAAACCAGAAUGACAGAACGCUGCCGCAUGACGCGUUCAGACUCAAACACUAUGCUGGAAGUGUGACGUAUAAGGUCGAUGGUUUUCUGGACAAGAACAAUGACCUCCUGUACCGUGACCUCUCACAGGCCAUGUUCAACUGUAAACACGCCCUGCUCCGCAAACUUUUCCCCGAAGGGUGUGCAGCAUCUACCAUCAAGGGUGGUAAUCUAGUCCAAGCAUUAAGAAAUCCAGCCCAGAAGUCCUUGAAAAGACCACCAACAGCUGGCUCACAGUUCAAGGUGUCUGUUCAAGCCCUGAUGAAGAACUUGCUGACCAAAUGCCCAAACUAUAUCCGGUGUAUUAAGCCGAAUGAUGAAAAGCAGAGUGGGCAGCUGGAUAUGGAUAUUGUUAGACACCAGGUCCGCUAUCUCGGCCUGUUAGAGAACAUUCGAGUCAAGCGAGCAGGAUAUGCAUUCCGUCAGGUUUAUGGCGCGUUCCUGUAUCGCUACAAGAUGCUGGCGGAUGCCACAUGGCCCUCCUGGAGCGGGAACGCAGUUGAGGGAGUGCGGGAAAUUAUCACAUACCAGAAUAUACAGGAGGAUGAAAUCGCAUACGGGAAGUCAAAACUGUUCAUCCGGAACCCAAGGACUCUAUUUGACAUGGAAGAGAGGCGUCGGGAGAAGAUGCACUACCUCGCCACGCUCAUACAGAAAGUGUGGAAGGGGCAUGUGAAGCGGGAACAUUUCCUCCUUAUGAAGAGAAGCCAAGUUGUCAUCUCCAAGACAUGGAAAGGAUUCUGGGGCCAGAAGCAGUACAAGAGGCUGCAAGUUGCCACCCUGCUUCUACAGUGCUGUAUUCGCAGAUGGAAGGCACGUAAGGUCUUGGCUGCCUUGAAGUAUGAAAAGCGGGUGUUGUGGGCAGUUGGAAUCAUCCGCAAGUAUUUUCUGGGCUGGAAAAUCAGGCAGCAGUACAAGCCCAAGUUCCGCAGAAUCGCAGGGCCCAAGAUUGCACGUUUCUUCGUGGUUGCAUUGCGUCGAAAGUUCUUUUUGGAUCUACGAGACAACUUGCCUGCUCUGUCCCCUGUCGAUGACCGCUGGCCAACAGUGUCCAAACGAUUCCAAGUGGCCUCAGACACACUCCGCACACUUCAUCACAGAUGGAGGUGUCGUAAAUAUCGGCGAAAACUGAGUGAAGCCCAGAAGUAUCGUCUUCGUGAGAAAUUAACAGCCAGCGACACCUUCAAAGGCAAGAAGGCAUGCUACACAGAGAGUGUUCCACAAGUGUUCAAGGGAGACUAUUUGAAUGUCCAAGGGGACAUGAAGUGGAGGAAGAUUGCCGCCCUUACCAAGGAGAUGAAUGUCGUGUUUGCAGACUUUGUUCACAAAGUUAACAGGCAAAAUGGAAAGGUUGUGCCCCACUUGUUAGUGGUCAGUAUGCAGGCCAUGCUGGUGAUUGACCACCAAACCAUGACGUUGAAGUACCGGAUACCCAUCGAGUACAUUGAAAGUGCGUCACUUAGCCCCUACCAGGACAAACUGGCCGUGAUCCACAUGAAAAAGCCUGAGAACGGUGACACCAGUGCUAAGAAGGGGGACUUUGUGCUUGGGAAUGAACACAUUAUAGAGCUUGUUACAAAGUUGUGUCUGUGUGUGAAAAAUGUGACCAAUCGCAUGCCAGCAGUGAACAUUGCAGCACAGUGCCAGAGUCAGUUUGGCCAUGCGUCCGUACAGGUGUCUUUCCAAGAAGGGUUGAAAGGUCAGGCAGUCACAGGUCAAGGUCAAGGUCAGGCCGCUGGUGUCAAGGUUACAAGGAAAAAACGGACAAUGCUUAUCACAGAUACAAGCUGAGAUUGAUGCAUGGUGAUGAAUUUCGUUGGAGGAAAUAGUUGUGAAAAAUUGUUAUCACAAUGGUUGAAAUUGUAUAUUUGUACGCCAAUAUGGAAAAAGACAUUGUGUGUAUAUAUAAUUUGAUAGUAAUGGUGAAGAAUUAAGUUGCAGAGAGGGAUAUUUUGAUGAACCAAGAUCAGCAUUCCAGAAUCUUAUUGAAAACAAAUUGUAUAGAAUUGUACCAUAAUUGUUAUGGCGAAGCAUUUUGUAAAAAAGAGUAAAUAUAUGGUGUUAUUAUAAUGACAAUAUACUGGUAAUCUAUUUCAACGAAAAAACUGGACCUGACUUUAUAUCAUACUUUAAACUAGUAAAAAAGAUUCAAAUAUAUUUUUGUUGUAAAUAAGAUGCAAAAAAUUAUACAAGAUAGUUUUACAUUCUUUGAUAUUGUGAUUUUUUUUCUUUAGAAAAUAUUGUAUAUCGUAACUAUUUGUGCUUAUAUCACUAUUUCGUGUGAUAGAAUUGCUAGCAUUCCAAAACCAAAUUCCAAUUUGUUUACAUUCUUACAAUAUUUCAUAUUUUUCAUCCAUAUUUUUUACUAAUUAUCUGUUUCAUUAUGCAUUUAUACAAUAUUAUAUUAUUAUUAUUAAUACAUUUAUUAGUUUAACUGCUUUCAAUGAACAUAUCCAAAUUUCAACAGCUUUGUUCCAUUAGAAGAUAUAAAAAUCAGUUAUAUAUCAAACAAAUUCGAAGGUGCCUUACUUCUUAUUUAAACCUCAAUAACAAGUCUUAUGAUAUAUAAACUUUUUCAGUUUUUUCAAGAUUAAAGUCACAGUAUUGUCGAAGUCAUGUUUCGUUCUUGACAUCAUUGUUCAAAAACUGUAACCUUGGCGAGAAGUAAAAAAAAGAUAUAUGACAUAUAUGUAAGACAGUGGACAUGUUACCAGUUACAAAAUAUACAUGUUUACAAAAAUCUUUAGCUCUUUAAUAAGAUUAAUGUUGAGUAAAGCCCUUUCUUUACUGAAAAACAACAGCAGACAAACAUUGCUCUACAGUAACUUUAUAUUAUAAGGCCUAAAAAAAAAUACAUUUGGUUCGGGUUACCCGACCCUACCUACGGAAUAGGCGCCGACCCUACCGUUUUUAUAGUCAGUUUGAAAAAAAAAAAGUAAAAAAAAAAAGUUUUAUUUUUAUUUUUUUGUCUUUCAAUAUGAUGUUUAAAACCUUAAAUGCUUAUACAGAAGAUAACUUUAACACCAUUCUCCAAUGAUGAAAAUGACAUUCUUAUAUAAAGCCUAAUAAAAAAAAAAAUUAAAAAAAAGCCUACCUACCCUACCUAUUUUUGAAAAGGAUGUAACCCUAACCAAACAAUUUUUUUUUUAGGCCUAAGCUAGAUUUUUUGGAGCCAUGGAAAUCUGGAAAAAUGUUGUGCCAUUUUUUCCAGCAUUUAAUCCCUGGAUUACAUCGACUGUGCCUUGAGAGAUUUUCAAUCUACAUGUUUUAUGUAAAUUCCUUUCUGUCAUGUAAAUUUAAAAUCAUGAAUCGAAAAACAACAUUUUUUUUCUGAAAAUAUAUUUAGUGCCUUUAAAGUUAUAAUCAUGCUUGUUUCAAAAUCAAUUAUCCUUAAAGACUAUUUGUUUGCAGUUCCAUGAUCUUUGCUUACAAUAUGUCUCAGACUGAUCUAAACUGUUCCAACACUGUUAAACUGAUUUUAAAUUGUUCCAACACUUAUUGAACUGAUCUUAAAUUGUUCCAACACUUAUUGGUCUGUUCUAAAAUUGUUCCAACACUUAUGAACUGAUCUAAAUUGUUCCAACACUUAUUGAACUGAUCUUAAAUUGUUCUUACACUUAUUGAACUGAUCUUAAAUUGUUCCAACACUUAUUGAACUGAUCUUAAAUUGUUCUAACACUUAUUGAACUGAUCUUAAAUUGUUCCAACACUUAUUGAACUGAUCUUAAAUUGUACCAACACUUAUUGAACUGAUCUUAAAUUGUACCAACACUUAUUGAACUGGUCUUGAAUUAUUGAACUGAUCUUAAAAUGUUCCAACACUUAUUGAACUGAUCUUAAAUUGUACCAACACUUAUUGAACUGAUCUUGAAUUGUUCCAACACUUAUUGAACUAGUCUUGAAAUAUUGAACUGAUCUUGAAUUGUUCCAACACUUAUUGAACUGGUCUUCAACAGUUCCAAUUUCCAGAUCAGCUGUUCAUACUUGAAUGUUUUGAUCUCUGAAAGGAAUUAAACCGUACAUUAUUAACAAAAAAUGUAGCAAUCAAUCUUAAUAUUGUCAUUUUCAGCCCACCAUAUGAAAGAUAAGUCUGGAUCAUGCAAAUAAUAGUUUAAUAUCAUAGAAAAUGCUUUUUUGUGCUUUAAUUUGUCAUUUCGUGAGAAAUUAUAAGUUCUGGAUGAUUUCAAGUUUUCAUUAAGUUGUUCGCAAUAGCUGGGUCUGUAUUAUUAUAUAUUUCAUAAUGUUCAAUUCUAUAUUAAAAUUCUCCCAAGAAAAAAGCAACUCAUUUUGUUUUUUCUUGAAAUCAUGCUUGAAUAAUAUUAAUAAAUAUAUGAACUGAUCAUUUAAUGAAAAGAUCGUCAUUGCAUUUACUAGAAGGAUUCAAGCCAUUUUUGCCUUUAUGAUUUCAUAUUAUUGUACCAGUAUUUUUAAUGUUAUAUUUGAUUUUGUGAUACAUUGUAACCAGCUUAAGUGUAUAUUAUUCUACAUAGUUAUAUUUCUUAAUUGUGUGCUUAUUGGAUGUUUUUUGUUCGUAUUUUCAUAUACACAUACAUAUUUGUCUUUUUUGCUGUAAACUGGAUUUACAAUUAGUCAUGUAGUUUCAUUUACUAGAAUUAAAUAGAUUUCUGUAACCAAUAUGUAUUUUGUGCAUUUUGUAAUAGGUAUAUAAUUAUAUAAAGUUUAUCUAAAGGAAAGCAUUAAAUUUUGAGGUUUUCCUUUUAUUAUAUAUUUAAAAUGCAGCAACCUCGAAAAACCUUAAAGUUGAACAACAAUACAGUUUUCAAAUUACUGAUAAGCCCACUCGUUGUUUAUGAAUGCAGGUUCGGUUCCUGGCCAUUGCGUUGACUAAAUGGUAAACAACAUUAAACUACAUGCAGCUGGGCCACAUCUGGGAGUAAGAUUAUGUUAUUGUUCGCAGGCCACAUAUAGCAUCUUUAUUAGCAGUUUAUUUUUAAGUGCAUUAGAGUAUAUUAUAAAUGUUGUACCAGGUCUUGGGUGCCAUUCUAUUUCCUAUCAUCUAUAAAAUAGACGAUAUUGUUUUGUUUAAAGAGUAGUUCCUGUUAUAAAUGGUGUUUAAACACUUAAAAUUCCCUCAUCUAAAAUCACGCUGACUUCAGUUUGGUUUAGUGCCUGAUUUAGACUCAUUUUGAAGAAAACAUAUUGAACUAUAACAGUUUAUGACUACUUAAUCAAAAUGAGACCUUAUCUGCAAUGUGGUAAACUGACAUAUUUCCUUUUUUCAAUGCUUAUUGGAUAUAUUACCUAAACAAAAUAUGUCUGCAAUCAUGGAAACAGUGUUUUUUUUCAAACUGGUUGGAAAUCAUUUAUAAGUUAAUAUUACAGUUGCUAUGGUUUCUGUUUUUAACAUUUAUAUAGACGUUUUUGUGCAAUUUGAGAUAUGGUACGCUAUGAUAAGAAAUGGUAAUGAUAAAAUGGGAAUUCAAUAAAGCCAUGAAGAUACAAUGUGCAUGUAUGCUAUGUUUGUAUUGACAGUGCUUCAAUAAAAGUUGUAUUUGUGCGACAUAGAAGAAUUAUUCAACAUGAUAUUUAUUCAUUUGAGGAUGUUGUAUACAUUUUUGAAAAUAAACAAGAGAUGGAAAUAGG